AUGGCGAUAGGCUCGGGCAACGAGACCAUUGCGAAUGGCCACUCGGCUUUUGGCACACUCAAUGAUGAGCUGGAUUAUGAUGUGCUUAUCAUCGGGGCUGGCCUCAGCGGAAUCUACUCUAUGCAUCGAGUGCGAGAGCUGGGGAUGAAGGCUAAGGUUCUCGAGGCUGGCUCGAGUGUAGGUGGGACAUGGUUCUGGAAUCGUUAUCCUGGUGCAAGAUUUGAUUCCGAGAGCUACUCUUACAUCUUCUCAUUCUCCCCUGAAAUUCUCAAGGAGUGGAAUUGGACCGAGCAUUUUUCUCCGCAGACAGAAACGUUAAAGUACAUCGAGUACAUCACUGAUAAACUUGACACCAUCGCUUCCUCUGUCGGUCAACUGACUGUCUUUCAAAGGACUCCAAACUGGACAGCUCCUCUACGCAACCAAGUCAUCAGCCCGGAAGAAAUGGAAACCAUUCGCAAACAAUAUCCGGAGAUUUUCCGGCUUUGCCUCGAGUCUUACUCGUGCUUUAUUCAUAGAGGCGAGACGAGGGGUACUUUCGAGAUGACCCCUGAAGAGCGGCUGGCUCAUUGGGAGGAAUUAUACGCAAAGCCUGGAUUUGCGAAAGUUCUGGGCAUUUCGGCCGACAUCUAUACAGAUCGUAAGGCGAAUGAGCUGUAUAGCGAGUUCAAUGCCAACAAGAUCAGGGCUCGUGUCAAGGAUCCCAAAACUGCGGAGAAGCUGAUCCCCAGAAACCACGGGUUUGGCACGCGCCGAGUUCCCUUGGAGAGUGGCUACUUUGAAGUAUAUAAUCAGCCCAACGUCGAGCUGGUUGACAUCAACGAGAACCCUAUCCAGCGUGUCACUGAGACUGGCAUCAAAACGCAAGACAAGGAUUAUGAGUUGGACAUUCUUAUCUACGCCACUGGCUUCGAUGCUGUGACAGGAUCCUUCAAUGCUGUUGACAUUGAAGGUAUUGAUGGCAUAAAACUCCGCGACGUCUGGAGCGAGGGUAUCCGGACAUUCCUUGGCCUGACUGUUAAAGGAUUCCCCAACUUCUUCAUGGUUAUGGGUCCGCAUCAAAUGUUCGGCAACAUUCCGCGAAGCAUUGAGUAUGCUGUCGACUGGGUAGCCGACUUCCUGCGCUACGCGGCUCAACAUAAGUUGACUGAGCAUUUUCGCAAACAAUAA